AUGGAACAUUUUCUAAUCAUUGAAAAACGAAACGAUAGAGGGCUAGUGUCGCAGUGUUCUCCAAUUAUCAACGAGGAGAUCAAAAGGCACGCUUCCCGUCACAAGUCUCAUUCAACUUGGGCGUACAAUUUGGACAACAAUGUCUUUGCAAUAACCCAUGCCAUCUUCGAAAGCGAAAAGAAGUAUAAAUCUAAGAGCAAUGCGGCUGUCACUGGACGAGCCUUACAAGACACAGCCCGAGAGACUAGAAAUCACUCGCUACUUGCUAUGCUCUCAGAAGGUGUUUCAAGUUUGGGAACCGGACCGCUUUCAGAUUCUUGCAAAGCUAUGUAUCAUAUCAUUCACCCUUCACAGCUAUACCUUCGGGAUCAACAAGGUGUUGGUAGAAAUCACAGGCUAAAAGGAGAGUUUUUGUUGACCUUGGGCGACAAGAAGCUCAAAUACGAGGAGAAGGCAUCUCCUUUGGCAGCCACAAUAAGUGAUGUGAAUGGUUUUGUUUUUAAAACGGACAGAAUUAAAGAGACUAAGAGUCGGUUACCAACCCUUUUCCUCAAGUUUAAGAAGCCCAAUAUGUUUCAACAAGAAACGUCAGGUUGCAUAGUGAGAUCUCAAAUGAAUGUAACAGACUUCCUUGACAUUCAGAUACAGUUGAGGGAAGCUGAUGAAUUCACUGACAUCGUAGAGAGAAAGGAGCUCAUGUUGCCGCUUGAAAAGAAACUAAUUGCAGACAGUUUAACAUAUUGGCCCAUACCAGAGGUGAAUACAAUUUUGUGUCAGGUCUUGAUGGCACCAUACUUCUCAGCCGACACCGAAGUGAUUCCUGGUAAGCUAUACGGAGGCCUGUUCUUGAAAAUGGGCGGUCAUAGCUUUCACUACGACUUGCCAUUGUCAGACCCCCUUCAUACUUUCAUGCCACACGUUGAUCCAACCUAUUGCCACGAACUGUCCAUGUUUGAAAUGGACGAAAAAUACUAUAUGAGCGGUGACCUUACUUUAAGGGCAACAAUCAAGCCGCAUAACCAUUUUAGACACCUAGGAAACAGAAUCGUGGUUACCCCUGGAAUGAAGCUUAGUAAUUUCCUUAAUCUAAGCUUCAUGUUGCUUCCUGGGAACUUGGUACCAUUCAGGUACACUUACAGAAUAAACGCAUUGAUGUAUGUCGACGAGCUCAAAAUAGAUUUAAUCGAAACAGUGUUGGAAAAUAAUGCCGGGUCUUUCCGUUACCGAUCACACGAGAUUCCUCUUCUGGUUCGUGGAUGGCGCCCGGUAGGCAACUGGGUAACUCAGAACAUAUACACCAAGUUCCCUGUGUUACAGAACUUUCAGAUACCUGAAGUCGGACCCACUUUCCUCUCCGGUAAUAUAUUCCGCGGUUACGAAAUUCGUGCAAUCCUAAAGGUCAGGCAUUACAAUUCAGUUACUUCCAUGGAAGUAACAAUUGGAAUAGACAUUGCCACCGAUACUAACAACUGUUUGAACAAAAGCUUUGAUGUUCCAGUCCUUAAUGAAAAAAGGAGGAUCAAAUUGAGCUCCAUAUUUUCAAACCGGCUUAUCAUACGGCUUUCAGCUCCUAUUUUGAAGCAGCUAGAUCUUUUUGAUUACUAUCCACGUUGUGAGAUGUUCUUCCUCUUGGAGUUGAGUUUAUGA